CGUGCUCUUGUUGCUCCGAAGCGCGAGCCGCAGGUGGUGAUGAUGGAUCGAUAGAACGAAGAGCUGCGGCUUUCUUUCACCUGUCCGCGCGCUCGGUUCGAUCCGUCACUUCAAUGAGGCUGUUCGUGAACUAUUGGAGUACUCCAGGUAAGCCACAGCAGCACCGUAGAGUAACGUUACUCCCCUCGCGUCAUGUCUCACUCUGAGAGAUGGGCAAGUUCGACGAGCACGAGAGGGUGAUCCUCAACGUCGGGGGCACGAGGCACGAAACCUACCGGACCACGUUGAGGACCCUGCCGGGCACGCGUCUGGCCCUUCUCGCCUCCGAGUCGGACCUCGAGUCGGUUCUAGACCAACUGCAACAAGUCCCGGGCUUCAUCGAGUACAACGCGCGCAGCAACGAGUACUUCUUCGACCGGCAUCCAGGUGUCUUCGCCUACGUGCUCAACUAUUACCGGACCGGUAAGCUGCACUGUCCGGCGGACGUGUGCGGGCCGCUGUUCGAGGAGGAGCUGUCCUUCUGGGGCAUCGAUGAGACGGACGUGGAGCCGUGCUGCUGGAUGACCUACCGACAGCACCGGGAUGCCGAGGAGGCGUUGGAGGUGUUCGAGAUGAACGUGGACAACGACGAGGACGACGAGUACGGCAAGCGGCUGGGCAUCGAGGAAGUGGUGUCCGCGGACGGUACCGUCUGCAGGUGGAGGAAGUGGCAGCCGGUCAUCUGGAACCUGUUCGAGGACCCGUACUCCUCCAGAGCCGCUCGGUUCAUCGCGUUCGCCUCCUUGUUCUUCAUCCUGGUCUCCAUCACGACCUUCUGCCUGGAGACACACGAGGCCUUCAACACCAUCAUCAACAAGACAGAGGCGUUUCACAACGACUCCUUCACGGACUCCAGCCAGCAGUACGAGAUCGAGACGGACCCGGCGCUCACCUACGUGGAGGGCGUCUGCGUGCUGUGGUUCACCUUCGAGUUCCUGGUGCGCGUCACAUUCAGCCCGGACAAGCUGGAGUUUGUCAAGAGCAUCCUGAACAUCAUAGACUUCGUGGCCAUUCUGCCCUUUUACUUGGAGGUGGGCUUGAGCGGACUUUCCUCUAAAGCGGCCAAAGACGUGUUGGGUUUCUUGCGCGUGGUCCGCUUCGUGCGCAUCUUGAGGAUCUUCAAGCUGACGCGGCACUUCGUCGGUCUGCGUGUAUUGGGACACACCCUCCGAGCGAGCACUAACGAGUUCCUGCUCCUCAUCAUCUUCCUCGCGCUGGGCGUCCUCAUCUUCGCCACCAUGAUCUACUACGCCGAGCGGAUCGGAGCCAGUCCCACCGACCCCACGGCCAGCCACCACACUAUGUUCAAGAACAUCCCCAUCGGCUUCUGGUGGGCCGUGGUCACCAUGACCACUUUAGGCUACGGAGACAUGUACCCUCAGACGUGGUCAGGGAUGGUUGUCGGCGCGCUCUGUGCCCUCGCCGGAGUGCUGACCAUAGCCAUGCCUGUCCCCGUCAUCGUCAAUAACUUCGGCAUGUAUUACUCGCUAGCCAUGGCCAAACAGAAGCUCCCUAAGAAGAGGAAGAAGCACAUCCCUCAGGCGGUGCAGACCAGCUCGCCGUCCUACUGCAAGACGGACCUGAGCACGGCCUGCAACAGCACGCAGGGAGAGCUGUGUUUGGAACAGAGCCGAGGACUGGAGCGCCAUCGCUCAGUGCUGUCUGCUGACUGCAGUGCAGGAAGUGACAUCACCAUGUCUCCAGAGGAGCGGAUACCCAUGCGGCUCUCCAGCACUCGAGAACAAGACCAUCACACCGAAGGCACCUGCUUCAUGUUGGCAGCUAGCGAAUACACCUGCACAGCAGACGCACCUAUUUGCAAAACAGCUACUGUAUCACCUCUGGCUGAUGUGCAGUUUAUAUCAGCCAGAGACGGGGAAGGCGGGGCCAGCAGAGACUCAGAUGGAUUUGAUGAAUUGGAUUGGACAGUCUGGAAUAGAAUAAGCCUCUGAUUGGACGGUUCUGAAAGCGGACGCUCUGUGAACACAAACCUCACUUCCGGAUCGAUCAGACCGCUCAAGACCUGUGGAUUUUCCCACUUUUUUCUGUGUGGAUACAGACUGAAGCCAGUUGGCGCAAAAAAAAAAGAAAAAAGAAAUCUCACGAUAUGGAUAGUGAAACGUUUCCUGCUUAAAACGACUCACCAUUUAAUGUCCCAUCUGUAUAAAGGACACACAUCCACCUGUGGCUUCCCCUCUGUGUCAGGUAGCAAAUCAAACACCCCUCGAACCCCCUUCCAAGGCCUCUGUCAUUGCAAUAAGUGUAUUAAGAUGUGUAGAGGCACAAGUGUUUAAAAAUGAAGUAUUAGUGUAUUGACUAUACUAAACCACAGUGUAGAGAGAGAGUAAACAUGAUACGUUUAAUAAAUGUGACCUUCAGUCAUUUAUGCUUUUUAUUUACUCUAGUAUCUCUGGUGGAUUCCUUGUUGUCUCUAUGUGUGUGUGUGUGUGUGUGUGUGUGUUUGUAUUUGGGAUGUUGAUCUCAAAUGGCACACUUAAAGGAAUAGUUCAGCCAAAAAUGAACAUAUACUCACUCUCAUCCUAUCCCAGAUGUAGAUGAGUUGUAGAUGGAGAAAUGUAGCAUUGCAUCACUUGCCCACCAAUGGAUCCUCUGCAGUGAAUGGGUGCCGUCAGAAUGAGAGUCAAACAGCUGAUAAAAACAUCACUAAUCAAUCAUUCACAAGCAAUCCAGUCCAGUCCAGUCCAUCAGUUUAAGUCUUGAGGCAUUUUAACUUCAAAUCACUGCUCUUUCCAGUGAUAAAGUGGUCUGAAUCAGGAGAGAAAUCUGCACCGAUCCAGCACAAGCCAAAAUAUCUCUUAACAAAUAUAUGGCUGAUUUUGAUGUGAGAGGAGAACAGGAGAUGGGCUUUUUCAUAAGAGGAAGCACUACCCAGCUAAUAGUUUCUUAAAAGUUCUAUAACAUUCUUAAAGUGAUGUUUAUGGAAUGUUCUUAUAACGUUAUUGAUGCUUCAUAUACAUUGAGAGAAAACUUUCUUAGAACAACAUUCUCAGAAUGUCCUUGUGAUGAAAUUUGAACUUGAUGAAUGUUCUAAGAAACGUUUUUGGAACUUUUAAAUAAAGUUUAAUGGACUUUUUACAUUCUUAGAAUUUAGAAGUUCAAAUAUUGUAAUAUUUUUGGGUGAAAGUAAGGAAUUUUUUUUAUAAACGUUCUUAUUCUUUCUUAUUACGACAAUAAAAAUUGGAGAUUUCAAAACGAUCUUCCCACCGUGUUUUUAUAAGCUACAGUUUACCUGGGUUUGGACUAGUCUUUUGGCCAAAAGCAACAGUUUAAGGUUAAAAACAUCUUAAUAAUUGAUUUGUUUCUUACAAACACACAGCUCUUUGCUGAUGGACCGGAGUGGUGUGGAUUGUGACGUUUUUAUCAGCUGUCUAGACUCUCAUUUUACAUUCACAUUUUAUCAAAUGUUCAUUUUGGGUUAUACAGACCUCAUGAAAUGGCUUCAAAGCACAUUAUUAAAUAAGCACUAUGCUUUCAUUUGCACAGCUGCGUUGAUCCCAACUCUACGCCAUUGGUCGAGUACCAUAUCAAUCAACGAAUUUGAACAUGUAUACCUGAAACGUUUAUAAUGUGUACAUCUUCUAAUUUUGUCAGGUUUUAAUGUAAAUGAGCAGAUAUGAAGCCACAAAAUCUGGUCUUGAAUGUCGUUGAAUGUGUGUUGAUUUUCGCAGUUCUCUUUCUCACCCCCGUUUCCUGGAAAAUUGGCCCAGUGCAACAAUCAGAUGUGAUGUGCAAUAAUGAUGUGAAACAAAGCUGCACCGAUUCACACUGUGAUUUCAGUUCAGUCCGUGACAGACGCCACAGCAGAGCCUCUGAAAACACAAGCGUGGCACGGACACUUUCGCUCUAAUUAGAACCUUUCUUUUCCUUCAGCCAUGGAGAGAUUAGAGCUGUCACAGAGUGUGUGUGUGUGUGUGUGUGUGUGUGUGUGCGCGCACAUUUCAUGAAACCUGUCAAGAACAUGUCUAGGUCACAUUUCACUGCAAAAUCUAAAGAAAACUUGAAUCAUUUUUUUAUUAUUUUAAGAAAAUGACGUCUAUUUUAGGACCAGUAAGGUUUUUUUUUUUGACAUAUUUAAUGUGCACAAGUAAAAUACUUUUGUAUUUAUAAAUUGAAAGCAGUGCUAAUAAUAACAUGAAUACAGUAAGUACUGAAUAAUAUAUGCUCUGACAGAAAAAAAAAAAUAACAGUACCAUUCAAAUAUUUGAGGUCAGUAAGAUUUUUUUUAUGAUUAUGCUCUC